AUGGAUCCGUACUCUGCAGAGGGCGAAUUGAUUAACAUCCACACCCACUUCUACCAGUCACAGUAUCAGGAGGUCAUCGACUUCGACACAUCAUCCUUCUCGCCCGAGAACGCCCUGCCCGCGCGAGUGCUGCAGCUCCGAGCCCGUCUCGCCCUUGGCCAAGCCGAAGAUGUCCUUGCAGAUGUCCAGGGCGAGGCCGUUCCCGAUCUAGAGGCCGUCGGUGCGCUCGCCGAGUACAACCUUGGAAAGACCGAUUCAGCGCUGAAGACAAUUGAGAAGCUGGCCGCAUCUGCGGCUGACAAUGUCACUGUUCAGAUCAUUGGCGGCACAGUCCUCCAGGCGGCUGGAAAGUCCGAGGAGGCGCUUGCGCUGCUGUCCCAGCACCAAGGAAGCCUGGACGCUGUCGCCUUAAUAGUCCAGAUCCACCUGCAGCAGAACCGAACCGAUCUCGCUUUGAAAGAGGUUACUGCUGCGCGAAGAUGGGCGCAAGACAGCCUUUUGGUGAACCUGGCUGAGGCAUGGGUUGGAGCUCGAGUGGGCGGCGAGAAGUACCAGCAAGCGUUUUACGUCUACGAAGAGCUUGCUCAGGGCUCCUCAACUUUCUCAGUACAGAGUCUCAUCGCACAGGCAGUUUGCGAAAUACACCUUGGUCGACUCGAGGAAGCCCAGUCUGCCUUGGAGCAGGCUAUCCAAAAAGACCCGACAAACGCAGAUGGAAUCGCCAACCGUUUGGUCCUGAACUCUAUUUCAGGAAACGGCACCGAAGAACUCCUUGAAUCACUAAAGAAGGCGAACCCCAGCCAUCAACUUCUGCUGGAUCUGGAAGAGAAGAGCAGUCUGUUUGACAAGGCUGCGGAGAAAUACAGUGCCAAGGCCUAA